AAUAAACUAAUGAGAUUAUAAAUUAUUGUCGGUAUAGCUGAACAGUCGGGGUAUUUUUACCAGACUGCACGCGCGGGCAACGUGAGGAGAAAGUUUAUGGGGCCCAUUGUGUGUGACUCUGUUGUGUCUUCUAUAAUCUGUUUAUGAAGAGGAGCUGAAGUGAACCCACCCCAAGCGCGCUGUAUACGCCUCGUGUACAAACUCGCUAUAGUUGCGUGCUGCCUUAUUGCAUGAUUAAUUCCGGCGCCUUCGUCCCCCCCUUUUUCCUCCUCUAUGAAUUAGCCGGUUGUGUUUGAGAUGAAGAGCGGGUCCUCCAUCACUACGCAGUCUACAACUCCGCGCUCUGCCCGCCUGUCCAGCGGUCCAGUGCCGCAGCUCCCACGGGCUGCACUGUGGAGAAGCGGACCUGCAUCCUAAAGCCAAGCGGUUUUUUCUCUUUCUCUCUCUCUCUCUCGGUUUUUAUCCUCUACCUCAUUGCAGUCUUAUCACGUCCCCCCCCCCCCCCUCUCUCUCUCCUCUCUCUCUCCUCUCUCUUGCUCUCGUCCCCCCUCUCCCACCUCCCUCCCUCCCCAUCCGCCUGAGCCGCUACAGGAGAGGGAGAGAGAGGGAGAAGAGUGCGGCUGAAUGUGAACGACAUGUCGACAGUCAGCCUCUAAAGUGUUUUCUCGGUCGUUCCCUAAUUCUUUGGCGGCGGACUGAGUGAGUAUUACCCGCAUCCCGGCUCUGCUAAGCGUCGCUGUGUGGAUCAGAAAGGCUGGUGGGGAGAGACAGACAAUGGAGAGUGCAAUUGGAUUGCGUUACUCUGCCAAGGAUUUUCAUACAUAGCCUGGUAAAUGUCUUAAUAGGUUCUGUUAAUGACUAGGCUGUUUAAUUAGUCAUGCUUUAAUUCUACUAACUAUCACAUUGUGUGUGUGCUGUAAUGUUAGGGGCUAAUUGAUUUUCUUGGAGGGGCUGUGGGCUAUCCAGGCUGUUAUAGCCCCCCUUACAUUUGAUCUGUGAUGCUGCUGCUUGCUUGCCUUGAUAGUGCGGCUCUGUGUUGGGAGCAGGGGCCCAUGUUAAAAAAAAAAAGGCAGAGUGAAGCUCGGUGAGGCUCCGGACAGAAAGGACGGUGAGGUAGACACUGGAAUUAUGUGACAUGAAUAAUAUGCUGAAGAAUAAGCAGUGACCGUCAUCUGUGGUCCGCUUGCGUCAGUGUGCAGGUCUAGAGGAGAAAGGAGGGAUACAAAAAAAGAAAAAAAAGUCAGAGACUUGAGAAAGACAAGGAAGGAAGCCACACCUGUGUCAGGCCUGUUUGCAGAUGGAUGGACGGACAGUUUAAGAUUCUGCUGUGCUGAGUCCUUUCCUUUCUUGUUACCAUAAUGAUGCAGAGCUAUGCUGACUCGUCCACUUGGCUGAUUGGAGAAAGGAGGUGCGAGUGUUGACUGUGUUUCUUCUGAUUAAGGAGGGAUGGCCGUCCACCAAAGCAGAAUCUAACAGGAGGGAUCCCAGUGGGCUAUCUGGACUCAGUAUUGAUCUCCCCAUACAGGGGGGGCUUCAGGCCCAGCGAUAAACAAUGCAUUUUCUCUGAUGAAGACCUAUUGGGACUGUGAAUGGCUUGUAUUAUGUAUCGUAUUCCAAUUUGUCAAAUACUAUCGAGCAACUUGGCCUAGAUUGUCCAAUGUUUCUUGAGUUCUACAUAAAGGAUCUGAACAGUUUCUCAAGCAAGGGAAGAACAUGGUAUUCACCUCUUCUUUUUUAUUCUAGAACUGUCCAACAAGUAUUGCAGUAUUACACCGGAUUGUUACAAAAGCAUACACUCUACACGUGUCUCGCUACCUGUUCCUGUACUUGGCAGGCAAUAAAAGCAUACUUUUUUUAGAUAUGGUUUGACCUUUCUUGCUUUGUUUCCAGCUCUCUCUCACACACACAUAACUUGGCUCCAGCGCUGCUUUCUCUGUGAGGCGGGCGUACAUUGUGUGCAGGGCGAGAGGAGGGCUUUGAUGUAAUCAAUAUCAGAUUUCAGCUGUUUCACUGUGAGCUCUCAUCCUGAGUGGCAGCCUUGACUGACUUCUUAGCGCUUAUGCAAUCCCACUCCUCUCCCCCUCGCUCUCCUUCCCUCACUUCCACCUCGCCCCGUUUCCUCUCCCCUCUGUAUCCACUCUCUGCCCAUUACUCUUCCUUUAUCUGUCUGUCUCUUCUUCCUCACUCCAUUCCUUCACCUCGUUCCCAUCUUUCCCUCCUCCUCCUCUUCCUCCUCCUCUUCUCGUUUCCAGCUCUCCCUUCGUCAUAAUCAUCUCUGUGAUUGCUCUUCCUCUCCCGGGCGGUGAUGUUUUCACUGCUGCCUCCUUGUCUAACUCGCUGAUGCUAGAUUAUUGCUGUAUGAUUACAGCUACCAUACCAUGGUGAUCAUUAUUGCAUUCCGCAUGGCAGUGUUCAGCACUGUACGAGCAGAUCGAGACGCUUUAUCCAAUUUAGAUCUCAUUAAGACUUGAGAGGAAAUAUCCCCCCCAUGCAAGACUCUCAUCUCAGCUGUUUUUUUUCUUGUUUUUUUUCUUGUUUUUGUUUCCAGGACUACUGCAACUCUUUCUGUUAUUGCAGCGCCGUCUCAUCAUCAUCACCAUCAGCAUCAGUUCACGUUCCUCGCUGUCAUCCUUUUCACAUUACCCCUUUUGAAAAUGUUGAAGAGUUUGGAUUGGCAGCGACGCUUUCACUUCACUGUCAUUAUCACAAUAAUGAUUAUGACGGGACUCGAUGGCUGUUGAUAACCCAACAUACUCUGCUGAUUGUUAAUACGGCGUGUUUUGUGCCUCUUCCCUCUGUUCUCUGAUUGCCAUUCAUCUUAUUAAAUGGAGCAGUUCAUUAGGCAGAAAACAUUAUGUAUCUAAUUUGCAUCUUCCCAUAUUCAUAUUGCAUACAUUAAAACAACACAUGCGUGACAUUUCAGCUUCACCGGGCAUUUGAAAAGUACGGAUGAAUAUAUUCAUUACAAGCUCUCCCCCUCUGUCCAAACACUUGUCCAAAAAGCCACUCUGAGAAUGAUAAAAAUGUGAUUCACAGUGCGGUGAAGGGCCGAUGCCGGGCUGUAGCCCCAGGCUGCUGAGCUGAGAGGGAGAAGCAGCAGCAGCAGCAGGAGGAUGCAGUGGGUCGCUCUGGCAGUGGCCCUGGGGUGCGUGCGUCUGUCCCGGACGUCGCAAGGCCCCACCCCCACCCCCACCUCCACACACACGCCUCUGGUGGACAACUCCGAGGAGGAAGUGGACGAGCCGUGCUUCGAGCCGUGCACGUGCGAGGUCAAAGAAGGAAUCCUGCACGUGCACUGCGAUGGGCGGGGCUUCACUAAUGGCAGCCAGGUGUCACAUUCGUGGGUCCGCCCUUUCAAACUCAACCUCCAGAGGAACUCUCUGAGGCGUCUCUAUAGCAACGGGUUUCAGCACCUUGGCAACGCAGUGUCGAUAAACCUUGGCAACAAUGCACUCCAGGACAUCCGAGUGGGAGCUUUCAACGGGCUGGCCAAACUGAGACGCCUCUACCUGCACGAGAACAAGCUGGAGGUCUUCAGAAACGACACCUUUGCAGGCCUAGAGGCUCUGGAAUACCUCCAGGCUGACUACAACGUGAUCAAACGAAUCGACAGCGGUGCUCUGAGGUUCCUCUUCAAGCUCCGGGUUCUCAUCCUCAACGACAACCUGAUCCCCAUCUUGCCAGCUCAUCUGUUCAGAUCUGUGUCUCUGACUCAUCUGGACCUGCGGGGAAACCGUCUGAAGAGCCUGGCAUAUGCUGGGACGCUUGAGUACAUCGGCCGCUCCCUGAUGGAGCUUCAGCUGGAGGAGAAUCCCUGGAACUGUGGUUGUGAGGCGGUGCAGCUGCAGCAGUGGCUCGGUCAGAUCCCAUACACGGCUGUAGUCGGAGAGGUCACCUGCGAGUAUCCCUUCCAUCUUCACGGUAAGGACCUGAGGGAGAUCCCCCGCAAGGAGCUGUGUGCGGACCUCCCGGAUAAGGAGCUACAAGGAGAAGGGGUGGAUGCUUCAGCGGGGUCACAGCCCCAACACAUUCCACCAAACUCUAAACCCAACGCUCCAGCAGGGCGAGUAAGACCGACUAAACCGUCCUCCAUAGUUCACGGCUCACGCCAGAACACUCACACCUCUUCCACUUCUUCGUCCUCUUCCUCAGCUGAGCGUAAAGACAAAGAAAGGCAACCAAGGCCGACAAAAAGGCCUCGGCCUUCGAGAAUAUCCCCCACACCCCGCAAUCAGAACCCCCCUAUUGCAGGCUAUCAAACCCGCCCCCCCAUUCCAAUCAUUUGUCCCCUGGGCUGCACCUGCAACCUGCACAUCACAGAUCUGGGCCUAACAGUCAACUGCAAAGAGAACGGCUUCCUUAAUGUGUCCCAGCUCACGCCUCGGCCUCUCAAUGGCCGCAAGCUGUACCUAAGCGGGAACCUAAUCCAGAGGAUCUACCGCACAGACUUCUGGAAUUUCUCCAGCCUGGACCUGCUGCACCUGGGGAAUAACCGGAUCUCGUACCUCCAGGAAGGCGCCUUCUCCAGCCUGACCAGCCUGAGGAGCCUCUACCUGAACGGGAACAACCUGGAGAGGCUCAGCCCGCACAUGUUCCUGGGGCUGCAGAAACUGAGGUACCUUUACUUUGAAUACAACGAAAUCCGAGAGGUUGAUCCAGGAACCUUUGACUCCAUGCCGUCCCUCCAGCUGUUGUUCCUCAACGCCAACCUGCUGCGGAGCCUCCCCCUCGGCGUCUUCGCCGGAGUCAAUCUAGCCCGCCUCAAUCUAAGAAACAAUCACCUCCUGCAGCUCCCCUCGGUGGGAGUGCUGGAGCAUCUCACCGGACUGGUGCAGGUGGACUUGCAGCAGAACCCGUGGGAGUGCAACUGUGAAGGGGCUCCACUCAAGCGUUGGCUGGAGGGCCUCAGCGCUGUGGUGGUGAUGGGAGAAGUGGUCUGCCAUUCCCCGGAAAAGACCAAAGGUGUAGACCUGCGUUCCCUCUCCAUGGAACUGCUGUGCCCCGAGCUGGAGCCGCAGGAGGACCAGGAGCAGGAGGAGCAGCAGACAGCCACCUCCACCGCCGCAGACGGAAGCGUAUCAGUCGGCUACCCAGGCUCAGGGCUGGGUCCGCUGAUCCCCCCAGGGAAGGAUUCAAUCCCUCUGUCGGUGCUGGUGCUCAGCCUGCUGGUGUUGUUUGUUUCCGCGUUCUUUGCUGCGGCAGCGCUAAUCGCCUACGCCCUGAGGAGGAGGGACAAGCUGCCUUUCCGCCGCCAGGGAGAGGUCGACUUGGCAGGCAUCCAAAUGGAGUGUGGAAUCUUCACCGAGCAGACGCACCAUCAUCACCACCACCACAGCCACCACGGACUACCGGAGACGCCGCCUUUACCUCCGCCAGAACACAACCACGUAUAUGACACCAUUUUGCCCCCGGAGGCUGCGCUGAAAGGUCAGAGCCCGGCUGCAGCCUCGCACAUGUGUAGCAACCCCAUCUACAAGGAGGACCAGGAUGCAGCGGUAAAGCAGCGGCCGCGGACGUUCACAGCUUCCAAAGAAGGCGGGGAGGGAGGUUACAGCUCUGCAGCAGAGAAGGAGAGAGAGUGGACUCUGGAGGUCUCAGCGUCCCCCAUCAACACCAUCACCGGAGCGAUGGGACCGCUCGCCGGCCUACAUGGUAACGGCAUCCUCUGCCCCACUGUCAUCGACAGCCAGGGCCCUACGCCUAAGGUAGAACUGGUGGACUGCCUCUUCAGACUCCCCACACCUGAGUUCAGAGACCUGCCAGACAGGUACGCACGGCCUCCACCCUGCUAUCCCCACCCCCAAGACUCAAAACAGGAAGCCAGGCCUGACCAAACGCUCGUGGUCACCACCGCCAGCUCUACGGCAGGCGGUGGCAACGGAAGCCAGAGCGAGCAGGGAGCAGGGGAGCAGAGACUGAGGACCACUCCGGACUACAUGGAGGUACUGGACCGCUCUUACCAGUUUUAACAGUCCACCUCCUCCUUCACCUUAUCCUCUUCUUCCUGCUCCUCCUCCUCUCUUGUCUCCUCAUCAUCUCCCCCUCCGGUGAUGAAUCAUGCGGUAACAAUGACUCCUGUACAGAGGCUGGCGUGGCUUUGAGAGGAGCCUGUGGGGGAGCGGGACUACACUACACACCAUGUUUAUUCCUGGAUAACGAGCUGAGGUCAGUUUUUUGUAUUUUCCCCACAACAGGUCGGUGUUCUGCAAGGAUUAGCUGAUCCCAGAAAUCCACCUUGAGGCGAAACUUCAGCUGCAGCUACUACAGAAAUUUCCCCUCCAUUACGCCUCACAAUCAUAAAAAAAGUACUGAGGCAAAUUUUUUUUUCUACUCAGCUCCACAUUGAGCCGGAGACAUCGUGGUAUCAGUAACGGUGAGCGUUAAUGUCCACAUUAUCACCCUCGGAGGACCGGCACAGAGGUGAAACCCACCAGUCUCUUUGCAACAUCAAACACAGAGUCGUAAAAAUGUUGGACAUGUUGGAUGGAGAAGCAACUGAGAAAAAGCAAGAAGGGGGAGAAGUGACUGAAAACAGCCAAGUGCCUUAGCAAUGAACAGCCAGCAGCGUGGUCAAUGCUUAUUUUUCUAUGAAUACAGAUCUAUUUAUCUAAACAAAGAGGUUUGACUACCACCGGAUAGGACGCUGAUGGACGACCGAGACUGAAAGCAAUCAAAGCCGCCGGAUAAUUGCAUUCCCUGGAUGAGCCAAAAAUAAUAAUAUACCCAGUCAAUAUUGGAGUUGUUUGUAUGCAGUUCAGUUCAUUUUCAUCUCAUCCAGUUCACUUAAUUUUGCUUAUCCAGUUGAAUUUUUUACAGGGCUAGAUGAAGAACUUAUCCAGGAGUGAUGGAGGAUUGCAGAGGAAAUGAUACGCAUUUGUUUUUAUUAACGCCAGACUUAACGAAGGAAGGCCGACGUACAGAUGGACAUUGUGGCAAUGGAUGCAUUUUGGAUUUUAUUCAUCAGUCAGACUUAAUGGGGCCGGGAGGACCUCUGCUCCACAUUUUUCUUUCCUGGGACAAAGGCACUGCGGUUAUUGUAUUGAUUUUUUGAGUAUUUCUCAAAGGAAAAAUUGAAUGGCAGACAAAAAAAAAUGGACUAAAAAACUAGGCUUUUUUUUGUCGGGAAAAAAAAAGACUGACACUUCUAUCAACUAUCGAUUAUUAUCUUUUACGGAGGUACCUUUUUAUGCUUUCAUCUCCUACCAAUAGUAGAGGCAGUUGUGAAUAUAUUUAUUCUUAGUUUUUGCGUGUUGAAGCUCUCCUGUAAGGGAUCAUGUUAUAUUAAUGUAUAGGAUGAUUCUGCAUCUGGUUCAGCCUUCUUACCGCCGACCCACGAAAUACAAUAAAGGGUGCUACAUAAAAAUUU